CCAAUCCCAAGUGAGUAAAGAGAACACAAGGAGAGGACAUUCUGAGUCUUCACCAUGGAAGACUUUCUCAGUCUCUGUGUGGGGGUCCUGCUCUGCCUGGGCCUGCAAAUGGCCCACGGGGGCAUGGAUGCUUGCUACGAUGGGCAAGGGCACCCACAGCGUUGUCUGCCUAUGUUCGAGAAUGCAGCAUUUGGCCACCAGGUCCAGGUGACCAACACGUGUGGCACCCCACCCGAAGAAUAUUGCCUCCAGAUGGGGGCCCCUGGAGACACUCAGCUGUGCCACCGCUGUGAUGCCAGCGAUCCAGACCGCAACCACAAUGCCUCCUACCUGACCGACUUCCACAGCCAGGAAGAGAGUACCUGGUGGCAGAGCCAGUCCAUGGCCUUUGGGGUCCAGUACCCCAACUCAGUCAACAUCACCCUCCAGCUGGGUAAAGCUUAUGAAAUCACCUAUGUGAGGCUAAAGUUCCACACCAGCCGUCCUGAGAGUUUCGCCAUCUACAAACGCAGCUGGGCUGGGGGUCCUUGGGUGCCAUACCAGUACUACAGUGCUUCCUGUGAGAAGACGUAUGGCAAACAGGAGGGCCAGUACCUGCGGCCCGGAGAGGAUGAGAGGGUGGCCUUUUGCACUGAUGAAUUUAGCGACAUCUCUCCACUGAGUGGAGGCAACGUAGCCUUUUCCACCCUGGAAGGCCGGCCUAGCGCCUACAGCUUUGAUGAGAGCCCCAUCUUGCAGGAAUGGGUAACCAGCACAGAACUGCUCAUCUCCCUGAAUCGGCUCAACACGUUUGGGGAUGACAUCUUUAAGGAUCCCAAGGUGUUACAGUCCUACUAUUAUGCCAUCACUGACUUCUCUGUGGGGGGCAGGUGUAAGUGUAAUGGGCACGCUAGUGAAUGUGUCCUUGAUGAAGGAGGCCAGCUGGUCUGCAGCUGCCAGCACAACACCACAGGAACUGACUGUGAGAAGUGCCUCCCCUUCUACCAAGACCGGCCCUGGGCUCGGGGAACAGCAGAGGCUGCCAAUGAAUGUCUGCCCUGCAAUUGCAGUGGCCUCUCUGAAGAAUGUUUCUAUGACUGGGAGUUGUACCGGAGCACUGGGCAUGGUGGUCACUGCCAGAACUGCCGGGACCACACUGCCGGACCCCACUGCGAGCGAUGCCAAGAGAACUUCUACCAUUGGGACCAGCAGCAGCCAUGCCAGCCCUGUGACUGCCACCCAGCAGGAUCUCUCAGCCUGCAGUGUGACAACUCAGGCACCUGUGAGUGUAAACCCAGUGUGACUGGCUGGAAGUGUGAUCACUGUCUGACAGGGUUCCAUUCUCUUAGUGAAGGUGGAUGCAGACCCUGUACCUGCAAUGCUGCUGGCAGCUUAGGAUCUUGUGAUCCCGGAAACGGACGGUGCCCCUGCAAGGACAAGGUGGAAGGCUACUUAUGUGAUAGAUGCCAACCUGGGACAUUUAACCUGCAGCCCCAUAAUCCUUCUGGUUGUACCAGCUGCUUCUGUUAUGGCCACUCCAUGGUGUGUGGAGCUUCUGCCCAUUAUGGCGUGCACCAUAUCAUCUCUGACUUCCACCAGGGGGCUGAGGGCUGGCGAGCCAGAGGUCCAGGGGGCAGAGAGGAGCCUGCGCAGUGGAGCCAGACUGGAAUCUUCCUGAAGCCAAAGAGCGAGGAGCUGUGGGACUUCAUUGCACCAGAGAGAUUCCUGGGAGACCAGCGCUUCAGCUAUGGGCAGCCCCUCUCUCUGACCUUCCGGGUACCGCCUGGGGGCUCUCUCCUCCCUGUCUGGCUGAAAUUGGAAGGGGCAGGACUAGCCCUGUCUCUGAAACCCUCCAACCCGACAGGUACCCAACAGCCUGGACGGCCUGAGGAAUACCUGCUGGCGUUCAGCUUGCAGGAGACCUCAGAGGAUGCAAAACUCCUGCUCCCCGCCUUCCACUUCCAGAGGCUCUUGGCCAACCUGACGGCACUCCAGAUCCAGGUCGCAGGUCCCAGAGGCAGACACCCCACAGGUCAAAUGACCCUGACUGAGGUCCAGCUCACUUCAGCAGGCCCUGGUCUGUCCCCUCUAGCCCCUUGGGUAGAGGAGUGCACAUGUCCCAAGGGGUACAUGGGGCAGUUCUGUGAAUCCUGCUCUCCAGGGUACAAGAGGGAGACACCAUUGGGCGGGCCUUACGCCAGUUGUGUCCCCUGUACCUGUAAUCAACAUGGCACCUGUGACCCUGAAACAGGAAUCUGUCAGUGCCUGCACAACACAGAGGGCACCUACUGUGAGCGAUGCACCCCCGGUUUCUACGGCAACUCCUUUUUGGGUCGGGAGAACGACUGCAAGCCAUGUCCCUGUCCUGGUCAAUCAGCAUGUACAACCAUCCCAGAGAGCGGGGAAGUGGUGUGUACCCACUGCCCCAAGGGCCAGAGAGGACGUCUGUGUGAGAUAUGUGAUGACGGCUUUUUUGGGGACCCCUUGGGAAGAUCCGGCCCUCUCCAGCCUUGCCAGCAAUGCCAGUGCAAUGGGAAUGUGGACCCCAAUGCUGUGGGCAACUGUGACCCCACAACAGGCCACUGUCUGCGCUGUCUCUACAACACAACAGGUGCCCACUGCGAGCAGUGCCAGGAGGGUUUCUAUGGGAGCGCCCUGGCCCCGCGUCCUCUAGACAAAUGCACUCCCUGCAGCUGUAACCCGUCAGGCUCAGCACGAGAGCAGGGGGCCUGUGAUCCGGGGACAGGCCAGUGUUCUUGCCUCCCUCACGUGACCGGACGAGACUGCCAUCGCUGCAGCCCUGGCUUCUAUGACCUCCAGCCAGAAAGGGGCUGCCGGAGCUGCAAGUGCCAUCCUGUAGGUUCUCGGGAGAACCAGUGCCACCCUGUGACUGGGCAGUGCCCUUGCCUUCCUGGGGUUGGUGGAGUGGCAUGCACUCACUGCCAACCUGAUUUCUUUGGCUUCUCUGCCAAGGGCUGCCGAGCCUGUAACUGUUCCCCACUGGGCUCUGUCACCACCCAAUGCCAUGAGAACAGCACAUGUGUGUGUAAGCCAGGCUUUGUGGGCUACAAGUGUGAUCGCUGCCAGGAGAACUUUUUCCUCACUGCUGAGGGCUCUCAGUGCCAGGAGUGCCCAAUUUGCUUCUCCCUAGUGAAGAAAGAGGCCACCGACCUCAAGGCCAAGCUAACAGUGAUGGAGCGAUGGCUGCAGAAGUCUGACUGUGACAGCCCCUGGAGGGACUAUAUCUUGCAGGGAGAGUCACCAAGAGGAGACACCUACCAGAGUCAUUCUCUGCUUCAAGGCACCAGAGAAGUCUUCCUGGAGCAAAUGGAAGAGUUGGAGAGUUCCAUGAGGGCUACCCGGCACCAGCUGCAAGCAGCAAGCAAGAGUGUCAGGUGCACCAGGAGUAGUCUGGAGAAGACCUGCAUCCAAAUGGUGGACAUCGAGGCUCUGCUGCUAUCAACAGAGCUGGAGAUUCAGCAGGCGUUGGGAGCCCUCACGACAAUGGUGAUCCCUCAGGAAGUGCCCAACCAACUCACCAACUGGAGUCGUCUAGCCACUGAGUCUCAGGCCCUGGCCAAGAGUUGUAGAAAUACAGCCUCUAAGAUAGUGGCAGCAGCACAGAGGGCCCUGCUUGCUUCCAAUACCAGUUACACUCUUCUGUGGAGUGUCGUUGAGGGCACAGAUGCCCAGAAGAUACAGCAUGAACUAGAGGACAGGUACCAGGAGGUGCAGAAGGCCCAGGAGGAGCUCAGAACAUCUACAGCCCAGGCAGCCACAGAAGCCAAGGGCACCUUAGCAUCUGUUCAGCGCAUCAGCUCAGAAGGGGCUCAGCGCCUGGCAAAGCUCUCCCCUCCUGAAAUAUUGCCUCUCACACACCUUGCCAGAGACCUGGACAGAAAACUACAGGAUCUAGAGAAGACAGUGGCUGCUAAGGAGCAUGUGUUCACCGAAGCAGCCCAAGGCCUCUUGGCCACUUCCCAGGAAGAGCUCCAGAAGAUCCAGCCCUUUGAGCAGCUGCUUGAUGGAGCUGAUUCUGCCCUCACCCUGGCCACCUCAUCCAUUACCAAAGCCAGAGAAACAGUCAGUGAUUCCAGGACUUUGCUGACUGAUCUGGAAGAAAUGAGAAAAACGUUUCCACAGUCAAAGGACCAGGUAGCUCUAAGGAAAAAGGCAAGGAUCAUCCAAGACAGACUCAUUGGUGACACUCAGAAGAAGACUAAGCAGGCAGAGAGGAUGCUGGGAAAUGCUGCUUCCGUCUCUGCCACAGCUAAGAAGAAGGCCAAGGAAGCUGAGCUAUUGGCUAAAGAGAGGACAAAGCAUUCCAAAGCCUUGCUGAGGGAAAGUAAACAGGAAUACCGGAAAGCCGUCAAACUCACCAACCAAGCUCAAGGAACCCUCCAGGACAUCUCCAGGCAGGUGAUGGUGUCCAAGGAACGAAGGAGGGAGAUGGAGAAAGUUGAGUGGGUAGGGACUGGGUUGAACAAGGUGGAAAGAAACAUAAGGGAAGCCCGGAUCUCCCUGGAGAUGGACAUCAAGAUCUUGUCUGUCCUGCUUACUCGAUUGGGGAAGCUGGACACCCACCAAGCUCUAGCCACAGCCCUGAAUGAGACGGAGCAGAAGCUGGAGCCACUGAGGCAGCACCUGGAUGGAGAGGGGCCCCUGCAGGGGAAACUGAGCCUGCUACAGCAGGAGGCAGAACAGCAGGAGUUCCAGAUCCAAGACUUGGAGAGUGACCUCAAGGAGAUCCAGGCAGACAAACAGAACCUGGAAGACAUUCUUCGUAGCCUGCCUGAGGGUUGUGCCAGCUGGCAGUGAGAAUCCAACCUAAGAGCCCCCAACACACAGACACACACAUGCCUAUACCCCUGUGGGUAUGUACAGACUCAUGUGCAUACACACAGGUACACCCUGAUGUGUGUAUGUAUUUAUGCCAACAAGUGGCCACACAAAUAUGUGCACAGGCACACACACCCAUGCCAAUAUGUGUGCACACAUCCCUACAUGUGUACACACUUAUUAUACAUUGUACAUAUAUGCCCACAUCUGCACAACCAUUCAUGCCAACAAUGAUUCCCCAGCUAUGCCACCAUGUGGGCACACAAAGACUCAGAGAAACAUGUUUAUAUACCAUAGCAACAUGUCUAUGGGCAUCCUUCCUCCUCCACGCACAUACCCUAUCUUACAGAGUAUGUCCACACCCAUACCACUGUGUGUAUGUGUGUAUGUAUGUACAUUUCUGCAUAUGCAUAGACCAAUACCAACAUGUGCUUAUAUUAAUAACUACCUGUGUACACAUUCCUAUUCCAUGAAUACCAUUCCUUAUAAUCUCCUCUAACAACUCAUGUAUACAUAAGCAUGUGUGCUUAUGCUCAUUCUUGUCUGCUCACACUCAUACCAAUGCAUGUGCACAUCCCCACAGACAGCCCUCUCACCACGUUAUUGCCUGGGUGCACAUCCCCCACUCACAUACAAUGAUCCAUUCACACUGCCAGGUGAGCUGUGUGGUCCCUUUGCUUGCCAGCCUACAGAUUCCCAUAUAUAGUUACCAGCUCUCAAGAGCCCAAUGAUGAGAGGACAGAGUUCUUGCCCAUCUUGGGCCGAGAAAACUGGCAGAUGCCAUGCCAGAUGAUCACUGGAGAAACAGGAUAGCUCAGGCUGUAGGAUUUAGGAAGAACUCUGUGUUCCCCAACUUUACCCCUUUCCAGUUCUUCACACACACCCUCACCCACACCUCUGUAGCUCCCAAUCAGAUUAGGAUCAGGGUCUCCUCCACUCCCACCCCUCCACCCCCCACACACACCCAUUUCAUAGAUUGGGAAACCAAAUAGGCACAUGGGAUUUCUUGAAACCAAAUGACUGCUGAAUCAACUGCUUGACCAGUUAGGCAGGUCUGCAGGGUCUUAUCUCUGUCUCCCUCCUAGUGUCUUGUCCUUCUCUCUUUCUUUUGGCUUAUUCUGGUGCUUAAUUCCUGUAUCUUGGAAUUAGUUACAGUCUCCUAAGGAAUUCUCUCCCCUUUCCAUUGCACUGAGGCCCUUUUACUAAGUGAUGCCACAUGGAAUUCAUUUCAAAAUUGCCUGCUCCUUGGAAGGAAGAAGACUGCAGGCCUCAGUCAGAGGGUAAACAGGAGCAUAGAUAUUUCUGUCAGCUAGAGUGAUUCUGACUCAGCAGCUCAGUUUCCUGUUGGACUUUAUUAGCCACUCUCCUCAGCCCACACAGGGAAGCAACCAAAGGAAUGGAGUCUGGGUCUGAGCUCAGAAGGCCAAAAGGCUGACUUCUGCAUCUCCUCAGCUUAGAGGAGAUCUCACUAUGUCAGCUUAUCUGGUCAGGUGCUUGCUCCUCCAACUCUGACCUCCAGGUUUGGAAUAGAUAAUGGCAUGCAUGCAGGAAGGGUCAUG